AUGCCUUCUGAUCAUUCUCGUCGAUGGACACCCGACGUAUUCGUGAGUUACGAGGUCACUGACAGUAACGUGGAGAGUUUCACAUCGAUCCUCUUCGCAAAGCUGGAGCAGGCGGGGAUUGGCUUCAGAGACUCCCACAAAAGGGCCGGUGACCCCAUCAACGCAAUCUGGCAGGCAAGGUUCGCCCUCGUCGUGUUCUCCGAGAACUAUGCCAACUCCGGCCAGCGCCUGACAGAACUGGUCAAUAUCCUCCUUCGCAGAGGGAAUUCCAAGUACCCCAGACUCGUGGUUAUUCCCAUCUUUCAUGGCAUAGUCCCAGCCAAGGUUAUGGAGUCUGGGGCAAAAGACGAAUUCAAGAAAGCUCUCCGCAGCUUCCCUAAGAACGAGAAAGAUGGGAAGAAGGAAGAAUGGGGGCGUGCCCUAGCAGAGGUUGAGAAGAUUCCGGGUUACGAUUUGCAGAAAGACGCCAAUGGAUGGAAUUUUUGUGUGAUCGGCAGAAUUGUGAGGAAUGUGUUGUUUCUCGAUAUGUAUGGUACGGCGCACCCUCCUUUGCCGCAAGGUUUUGGGCCUUUUGGAGGCAGCAGUAAAAAGCCUUGGCAUUCUGAUGAAAUAAAAGGGAUUCAAAUUCUCUACACGGAAUUCAUUCAGACCGUUACUUUCGGCACCACCGCCAACGAGCAAGAGGGUAAAAAUGACGGGAAGGAUCACUACAAGGUUAAAUUGAAUACAGAAGAGGACAUAAUUUCUUUUCAUGGACAUUUCCAAGAGGCAGAGGGUGGCCGUGUUCGAUUCAAGGCCCUGAGGUUUCGAACAACCCUAGGUCGAGAUGUGGGAGUGGGACAGAUUGAUGACGGGCGAGAGGACUACUUUUCCGUACCAUUACCGUCAGACGCCGGGAAAGUUGUCGAGUUUUUCGGGAGCCAAAGUGGGGAUGGUCUCGCAUCAAUUGGAGCACGUGUCGAGCUAACACGUGAGGUGUCCUGUCCUCCGGGGUUAUUCGGGGGUACAAGAGGGGUGAGAUGGGAUGCUAAACGGCAUGCCACUGUAAAGGGAAUCAGGGCGCUACGCGAUUCAAGUGGCAAUCGAUGCAUCCGAUCAAUCGCGUUCCGAUUUGACAAUGAUAAAUGGUGGUGGCCGCCUGGCAGCGAUAAAAAAUGGCACAUGGAGUUUACAAUAAAUGAUCCAGAUGAGUAUCUGUCUUCAAUAUCCGGAUGUUAUACUUACAAUGGCAUUACAUCUCUCACGUUUCUAACAAACAAAAAAAGUGCCAUAACUAUUGGUGAUGGAACGGGAACCCACUUCUCAUCUCUUGAAAUGGAUUACGGGAUUGUUGGAUCUUACGGAUGGAGUGAUGAACAUCUUCUUUAUGGAAUUGGAGAAUAUUUUGAACGGAUCCCGAAUACUCCCGUAGCUAAAUCAAUCGGGCCAUUUGGAGGAGUAAUUGCUUGGGACGACGGGAAAUUCAAGGGUGUGAAGGAAUUUUGCCUAGCUAACAAAGAUGGUAUCCGUUACGUUAAGAUUGUGUAUGAUGACGGUAGUAAAGAGGGUCACACAGCUAUUCACGGUGACUCCACUGAAGAUUUCUCCGGCUACAUACAAACGGUUAAAUUGAAUUGUUCACAAGAGUACUUGAUAUCGAUCUCUGGUUACACGCGAGAGGAUGGUUGUAUCGGAUCACUCACAUUUUGUAGCAAUAGGAGAAUAAAAACCGUGGGCCCCAAGAAGGGGGACUACUUUUGGUAUCCAUCCAACAAAAGCAGAAUCGUCGGCUUUUACGGAACAUGUAGCAAGAGUCUCAAUUCCAUAGGAGUGCACGAGGAACCGAUACCGCAGUGGAAAUCUUCCGAGUAUAAACCUAACGGGUUUUCAUGCUCUGGCCAGAUUGAUUGGGACGAUAAAGAUCAUUCUAACGUGGUAGGAUAUCGUGUGACUAAGAUGGGAUCUAGCCAAAAAAAGCUAAAAAUUGAGUCCAUCACUUUUAUGUACGAAAAUAAUGGUUCCUUAGUUGAAGGUUCUCGACAUGGCGGAGGAGACCCGUCUUCAGGCGAUUGGGUCAUGCUGGAUUAUCCCAAGGAGCGCCUAGAUGGGAUAACGGGCUAUUGGUGCAUAGAAGAUACGGACACUAUCAUCCACGACCUGACUAUAUUUACCACGAAUAUCAACUCGUCGUACGCAGAGAGAGGAGAGCUAAACUCAAAUUCCGCGUCCGCGUCAGCGUCAAAUCCAAUGUCAGAGCCAAAGUCAAAGAAAUUUACUAUCCUGGAACGACCAGAGAAACGAUCAGAACAAGGCAGGAGGAUCGUUGGCUUUUUCGGCAGGGCGAAAACAUGCCUUAAUUUUAUUGGAGCGCAUUUGGAACCAUAA